GACUUCGAACAUGAGAAGUAAAUGUAUGGACGCGUCUGUGAUCUGUACGUGUAGACCUUGAACUUGAGGAACAUUUUUUGCAAAGAUAUCUAUUUGGAGGUCUCUUCUCCUUCUCAUUCUUCUUUCAAGAUGUGGCAACUAAUGAGGGCCAGUGGCACUAUAACAACUCCUGUUUCUCUCUGUGUUCUGCUUCUGCUCCUGUUACACAACUCGUGUUUCUCUAUUGGAGGUGGUGAUACUCUUUCAAUGAACCAGUCUCUAUUAGUAAGCCAGACUAUAGUGUCCCAAGGUAGCAUUUUUGAACUCGGUUUCUUCAAAAAAGGUACUCCUCCUAAACUCUACCUUGGCAUAUGGUACAAAAAAUUUGAUGACAUCAUAGUUUGGGUAGCUAACAGAGAACAGACAUUGUCUGAACAGUCUUCUUUACAACUCGAGUUCUCUAGUGAUGGUAACUUAGUCAUGUUCACCAAUUUUUCAAGGAAACCAAUUUGGUCAACAAAUUUUGUGUCACCUCUACGAAAUUCCACUGAAGCAGUGCUUCAAGAUAAUGGAAAUUUUGUAGUUAGAGACGCUUCAAAUCCAUCUACAAUAUAUUGGCAGAGUUAUGAUCACCCCACAGAUACAUUGCUGCCUGGUGCAAAGCUUGGCAUCGAUAAACAUACUGGCAAAACUCAGGUCCUAACUUCGUGGAAAAAUUCAGAAGAUCCUGCUCCUGGUAGGUUUUCAUACGGGAUAGAUCCAAUCGAAAGAAAUCAAUUUGUUCUAGAGUGGAACAAGUCCAAAAGAUAUUGGAGCACCGGAGCUUGGAAUGGUCAUAGUUUUAGCUCUCUUCCCAGAUCGGAGAUCUAUAUGUUCUUCAAAUACACUUUCAUAUCAAAUGAAAACAAAAGCUACACUACAUAUUCUACUGUGAAUUCUACUUCUUUUUUAAUGAGAUGUGUGAUGGAUACGUCGGGAAAAUUGAGGAUUCUAACAUCAUGGGUCGUUCACAGAUGGGAUUGGGAAACUUUUUGGGAGCAACCCCUCCAAACAAAAGUUUAUGCUUUUUGCGGGACAUUUGGCAUCUCCAGAGAGAAUUUGACCUCCAGAGAGAAUCAGACCUCUUAUUGUGAAUGUUUGCCAGGUUUUGAGCCAUUCUCAGUUGAAGACACGAAGCUAAACGAUUGGUCAGAUGGUUGUGUGAGAAAGACCCCACUGGAGUGCCAAAAUGGUACCAAUGGGGUGACUGAUGGAUUCUUAAAAAUUCCAAACACAGCAUUUCCAGAAAAUUCGAAAGUGCUUCCUGAUAGAAGCCUUGAACGGUGUAGAUCAGCUUGCAAGCAAAAUUGUUCUUGCACAGCUUAUGCUCGUGUUAGUAAUGGUUGUUUAGUGUGGGAAGGGGCUUUACUGAAUCUACAACAACUCUUAGAUGGAAGCAGCAGUACUAAACAAGAUCUCUAUCUGAAACUAGCUGCUUCUGAGCUUCCGAAAGCUGGAGGUGCCAGGAAGAACUUGAAGGUGAUCCUAACAGUGCUGGUUUCGCUAGCAGUACUACUUAUUUCUGGUGGCUUCAUAUGCUGUUUAAUCAGGAGGAAGCUCAAACUAAUGGGGAAGGAAGAUUCAAGUGAGGACUUGUUAUUAUUUGAUUUUAAUUCUGGUGCUAGUGCUAGUGCUAAUGCAGAUGCCAAGACAAACGCUGGGAAUAAUCUAAGGAGAAGCGGGAAGAAGGAAGUUGAGUUGCCAAUGUUUAGCUUUGCGAGUGUCUCUGCUGCAACAGGUAACUUCUCCGCAGAAAAUAAGCUCGGAGAAGGAGGAUAUGGACCUGUUUACAAGGGUAAUUUACUAAGGGGGCAAGAAAUAGCAGUGAAAAGGCUUUCCGGAAGAUCUAGACAAGGGCUCCAAGAGUUCAAAAAUGAGACAGUAUUGAUAGCAAAACUCCAACAUCGGAAUCUUGUUAAACUUUUGGGUUGCUGCAUUGAGCAAGAUGAAAACAUAUUAAUCUACGAAUAUAUGCCUAACAAAAGUUUGGAUUUCUUUCUAUUUGAUCCAAACAAACAAGGGAUGUUGGAUUGGAGUACACGGAUUCACAUCAUUGAAGGAAUUGCUCAAGGACUUCUUUACCUACAUCAAUAUUCAAGGCUUCGUAUAAUUCAUAGAGAUCUGAAGGCCAGUAACAUUCUGUUGGAUAGCGAAAUGAACCCCAAAAUAUCAGAUUUUGGCAUGGCAAGAAUAUUUGGUGGUAAUGAAUCACAAGCAAACACAAACCGUAUUGUUGGAACUUUUGGGUACAUGUCUCCUGAAUAUGCAAUGGAGGGCCUUUUCUCAAUAAAAUCUGAUGUGUUUAGCUUUGGAGUAUUAUUGCUUGAGAUUGUGAGUGGCAAGAAGAACACUAGUUUUUAUCACAAUGACUCUCUUCACCUCCUUGGAUACGCGUGGGAGUUGUGGAGUGCUGAUAGAGGGAUGGAGUUGGUGGAUCCAAUAUUGGGUAAAAAUCCUUCUUCUACUACUACAUUGUUGAGAUGCAUUAACAUAGGGCUUCUGUGUGUCCAAGGAAAUGCAAAUGAUCGACCUACCAUGUCUGAUGUUGUCUCAAUGCUUAGUAAUGAAUAUGCACCUCUACCAACACCUAAGGAACUUGCAUUUUCUAUCGGCCAAUGUGUGAUGAAUACAAAUCCGUCACUUAGCAAUGCUGAAAACAAUUCAGUGAAUACUAUAACACUUUCAGUGAUUGAAGCCAGAUAACAAUUUCAUAUUCCAAGACAUUUUGUUUCAAACUAAAAACUAUCUCUUUGAUUGUACUCAAAGAUUUGAUAUACUUUAUCUGCUCUGUCAUUGUAUUCAAAAGUCUCAGAAGCAUCUCUAGGACUUUCUUGCUAUUUGAAACUGAAAAGUUUACUUGUUUUAACUUGGGGAAUGUUGAGAUUUGUAUGCACUGGCAUAGUGAAUUCCUAA